AGAUAUCGACCUUACGCCACUAAAAAAAAAGAAUUCAAGUUGUAAGAUAUAAACAAGAGAAUAGGAAUUAGAAGAAAAAGCCAAAUUUGCCCUUCAAUUCCAUAGCUUUGGAAGAUCCCACAGAAACACAUUCCAUGCAUCCCAGUCUCUCUCUCUCUCUCUUCUUUCUCUCGAUUAUAAAAUCAAACACAAUCUGUGAUGUGAAGUCGGUUCUGUCCUUAUAAAUACCCAUUAAGACUUCCUUCUCUCACCAAGUACUCUCACCUCUCUUUCUCAUCAUCUCUUCUUCACUAAGUCCUUGACAGAGAAUUUUAAGCCAUGUCUCUUCAAUAUCAUGCUCUAAACUCCAUUCAAAGUACAAACUUUCUCAGUUCUACUAAAACAACAUUAUCUUCUUCUUUCCUUACAAUCUCAGGAUCUCCUCUCAAUGUCGCUAGAGACAAACCCAGAAGCGGUUCUAUAUAUUGUUCAAAGCUUCGAACUCAAGAAUACACUACUUCUCAGGAGGUUCAACAUGAUCUGCCUCUAAUACAGUGGCAACAGCUUCAAAGAGAAGAUGCUCCUCAGAUUAGUAUUGGAAGUAAUAAUAAUGCGAUCGAAGAAGCAGUGAAGAGUGUGAAAUCGAUCUUGAGAAACCUAACUGACGGGGAAAUUACGAUAUCGGCUUAUGAUACCGCUUGGGUUGCAUUGAUCGAUGCCGGAGACAAAACUCCGGCGUUUCCCUCGGCCGUGAAAUGGAUCGCCGAGAACCAACUCUCCGAUGGUUCUUGGGGUGACGCUUAUCUCUUCUCUUAUCAUGAUCGUCUCAUCAAUACACUUGCAUGCGUCGUUGCUCUAAGAUCAUGGAAUCUUUUUCCUCAUCAAUGCCACAAAGGAAUCACGUUUUUCCGGGAAAAUAUUGGAAAGCUAGAAGACGAAAACGAUGAGCAUAUGCCCAUCGGAUUUGAAGUAGCAUUCCCAUCGUUGCUUGAGAUAGCUCGAGAAAUAAACAUUGAUGUACCGUACGAUUCUCCAGUCUUAAAAGAUAUAUACGCCAAGAAAGAGCUAAAGCUAACAAGGAUACCAAAAGAGAUAAUGCACAAGAUACCAACAACAUUGUUGCAUAGUUUGGAGGGGAUGCGUGAUUUAGAUUGGGAAAAGCUCUUGAAACUUCAAUCUCAAGACGGAUCUUUCCUCUUCUCUCCUUCCUCUACCGCUUUUGCAUUCAUGCAGACCCGAGACAGUAACUGCCUCCGGUAUUUGCGAAAUGCCGUCAAACGUUUCAAUGGAGGAGUUCCCAAUGUCUUUCCGGUGGAUCUUUUCGAGCACAUAUGGAUAGUGGAUCGGCUACAACGGUUAGGGAUAUCAAGAUACUUCGAGGAAGAGAUUAAAGAGUGUCUUGACUAUGUUCACAGAUAUUGGACCGACAAAGGCAUAUGUUGGGCUAGAUGUUCCCAUGUUCAAGACAUCGACGAUACAGCAAUGGCAUUUAGGCUCUUAAGACUUCAUGGAUACCAAGUUUCCGCAGAUGUAUUCAAGAACUUUGAGAAAGAGGGGGAGUUUUUCUGUUUUGUGGGGCAAUCAAACCAAGCGGCGACCGGUAUGUUCAAUCUAUACCGGGCAUCACAAUUGGCGUUUCCAAGGGAAGAUAUAUUGAAAAACGCCAAAGAGUUCUCUAAUAAGUAUCUGCAAGGAAAACGAGAGAGAGACGAGUUGAUUGAUAAGUGGAUUAUAAUGAAAGACUUACCUGGCGAGAUUGGCUUUGCGUUAGAGAUUCCAUGGUACGCAAGCUUGCCUCGAGUUGAGACGAGAUUCUAUAUUGAUCAAUAUGGUGGAGAAAACGACGUUUGGAUUGGCAAGACUCUUUAUAGGAUGCCAUACGUGAACAAUAAUGGAUAUCUGGAAUUAGCAAAACAAGAUUACAACAAUUGCCAAGCUCUGCAUCAGCUCGAAUGGGACACAUUCCAAAAGUGGUAUGAAGAAAAUAGGUUAAAUGAGUGGGGUGUGCGCAGAAGUGAGCUUCUCGAGUGUUACUUCUUAGCGGCUGCAACUAUAUUUGAAUCAGAAAGGUCACAUGAGAGAAUUGUUUGGGCUAAGUCAAGUGUAUUGGUUAAAGCCAUUUCUUCUUUUGGGAAAUCCUCUGACUCCAGAAGAAGCUUCUCCGAGCAGUUUCAUAAAUACAUUGCCAAUGCUCGACGAAGUGAUCAUCACUUCAAUGGCAGGAGCAUGAGAUUGGACCGACCAGGAUCGGUUCAGGCGAGUCGGCUUGUCGGAAUCUUAAUCGGAACUUUGAAUCAAAUGUCUUUUGACCUUUUCAUGUCUCAUGGCCGUGACGUUUACAAUCUCCUCUAUCAAUCGUGGGGAGAUUGGCUGGAGAAAUGGAAAUUAUAUGGAGGUGAAGGAGAAGAAGGAGAGCUCAUGGUGAAGAUGAUAAUUCUAAUGAAGAACAAUGACCUAACUAACUUCUUCACUCAUACUCACUUUGUUCGUCUCUCGGAAAUCAUCAAUCGCAUCUGUCUUCCUCGACAAUACUUAGAGGCAAGGAGAAACGAUGAGAAGGAGAAGACAAUAAGGAGUAUGGAGACGGAGAUGGAGAAAAUGGUUGAGUUAGCAUUGUCGGAGAGUGACACAUUUCGUGUCGUCAGCAUAACGUUUCUUGAUGUAGCAAAAGCCUUUUACUACUCUGCUUCAUGUGGCGAUCACCUCCAAACUCACAUCUCCAAAGUCUUGUUUCAAAAAGUCUUGUAACCUUAUCAUCAUUGAUCCAUUAAUUAAUCAGUGGAUCGAUAUGUAUCCAUACAUGCGUGAAUAAUAUUCAUGUAGAGAAGGAGAACAAAUUAGAUCAAAUGUACAUAUUAAUCAAACCUUUGAUUAUCCA